AUGGGAAAAGGAGCGUCAGACUUAAUGUUUGCUACCCUGAGCUUAACGACUGAAUCACCAUCCAAGCUCCAAUAUGCUGCCCUAGAGAACGGAAAGCACAGUAUCGAAGCAUAUCCGUGCCAUCAUCCUACUUCUCGUAAACUACCAAAGCAGCAAAAGGAAGUUCAUCCGCCCAAUUGGGUGCUUUUACUCACAUAUUGUAAUUUUGUCGUUCUCUUCUUGGUAUUCAGUGUGAAGACCGUUAUAAAGGAAGUGGUUGACCUAAUCAAGAAUAUGAUACUCGGUUAUGCUUCACCGACACCACCAGGAUUCGCUCCUGUAAUUGCCAACGAUUUGGAAGCCUUCUUGCACAGGCACUUCUAUCCUCACAUGCAAGAGUGUUUCCACAGACCCAUAACGGACGCGCCUGGAGCAUAUCUGACCUUACUAGAACGGGUUCAAGAAAAUGGUGAAAUGAAACUCACAGGGGAAACUCAAAAAGUAUUGAACUUGUCAUCAUAUAAUUACUUGGGGUUUGCUGAGUCCAGUGGAAGAGUAGUUGAUGCCGUUGAAGAUGCCGUAGCAACGUAUGGGAUCACCGUCUGUUCUCCGCGUAUGGAGCUAGGUACAUUAGACUUACAUAGUCAGGUCGAAGCACUAGUCGCCCGAUUUGUGGGACAGGAAGCUGCCGUAGUUGUAUCUAUGGGGUUUGCUACAAACUCGACGACUCUUCCCGCCAUUGUAGAAAAGGGCUGUCUGGUCGUAUCAGACUCAUUGAACCACGCAUCUCUCGUGUAUGGCUGUCGAUUAUCUGGUGCCUCUAUUCGGCCAUUCAAGCACAACAACAUGCGCUCGCUGGAGAAGGUACUUAGGGACGGUAUUGCUAAUGGUCAAGAUGGAAGAGGUAGCAAGUCAUAUAAGCCGUGGAAGAAGAUUCUAGUUGUCGUGGAGGGAUUGUAUUCGAUGGAGGGCACCAUAUGCCCACUACCGCAGAUCCUCGAACUGAAACGUAAAUAUAAUUUCUUUUUAUAUGUCGAUGAAGCUCAUUCUAUUGGUGCUAUUGGACCAAAGGGACGGGGCGUAUGUGACUACUAUGGCAUCAACCCACGCGAAGUGGACAUUUUAAUGGGUACUUUUACCAAAGCAUUCAGCUCUGCUGGUGGUUACAUAUCAGGCAGCAAAGCUCUCAUCAACAGGAUCCGCCUAUACAACCACUCGUCUCUCUAUGGCGAAGCAAUGUCUAUACCCGUACUGCAACAAAUCUAUUCAUCAAUGACAAUCAUCAUGGGUGAAGACGGCACUAAUGAAGGUCAACGCCGCAUCCAGAACUUGGCUAGAGUAACUCGUCGAUUCCGUGACGGUUUAAAGAGAAUGGGAUUUAUAGUGCUUGGUCAUGAUGACUCGCCAGUGGUCCCGAUCAUAGUAUGUCAGCCCUGCAAGUUUGUGCCAUUCAGCCAGGAAUUGUUGGCCAAAGGUAUUGCGGUUGUUAUGGCGUGUUUCCCAGCAACAGCCAUUACGGAACCAAGGUGUAGGUUGUGUUUGAGUGCUGCUCAUACGAUGGAGGAUAUUGAGAAGGCUUUGGUUAGCAUCAGUGAAGCUGGUGAUAAGCUGGAUCUCAAGUUCCUUGCUUGA